GAAAGACUCCAAACAGCUGUGUUUAAACCUUAAUGUAAAACUCAUGCCAUUCAUAGUUAUAUAAGAUGUUUUCAUUACAAAAUAUGUUUAUAUAAAUUAAUAGAUUCUGCAUCCUAUGAUGUGGCAUGUAAGAACUAUAAAGAGUGAAAAGUUUGAUUUCUUACCACUUAAGUAUGGCUGACAUGAACAAACAAAUUUGAUCAGAAGCUGUAGGUAAAUUUUCUUCUUCAAGCCAAAAUGUCAUAUUAAAUGUUAUCUACUGGGUCUUCCAUUUUCUCUUCCUUCUCACCUGCCUUUAAGAUCUAAUAAGAAAGGAAGCUAAAAGUCAAUAUUUAGUGGCUUAUGUAAGGUACCUUUUUAAUUAUAACAAUAUAUAGUCUUUCUGAUGGAGCAUAAAUUGGACAGCAAGCCUUUGUCUAAUAAAAUGAAAUUUGUUUCUCAUGUAUGUUGCAGGUAGGAUGUAGAGUUUCUAAAGAAUGAGUGGUUUAGCUGCUUUCAGGUACACCAAUUCUUUUUACUAAUUGAGCUCUACUUGAAGUCCUUUGGAAUCUUCAGUGAAAAAUAAUUUUCUAAUUUCCAGAUACACUGAAGAGCUCCAUUAAAAUGAAUAUAAAUCACCUUGAAAAGUCCUUUAGAAAAUAUGUAUUGGUUUAUGGCUUCACAGAGAGGCUGGAUGUGUGUGUGUCUUGAAGAAGAUGUAAUCCACAAGUAGUUUAGCUCCCCAGCUCUCGGUUGUAGAGUAAUAAAAUAGAAUAUUAUGUAAGUUAAUUAAAGGGUGAGGUUUUUUCCACUCCAUUUAUGCUGUAUAUCUAUCUUUCAUUUGUUAACAUUAUUUGCUCAACUUAUCAACUGAUGCUUUGAACACUAUCAAAAACUAAGGAUAAACUUUCCCCUUGUAUCUAUAAGCAUGCUUCUCCUGAAAUUUAGCUACACUAGUAAUUGACAUCAUUAUACAUAUAUCCUAGUACAAGAGUGGGAUCAGGUGGAAAUGUGAUAGCUGGAGGGAUGGAUGGUAAAGCAUUCUUUAGUUUAUCAUGUUGCGCUCCAAGAUUGUACAGAAUUUGCCCAGAAAUCAAGCCCCAUACUCUUAGAAUUCAUUAUAUUGUGGUGAUAUCUGAACCUAGUAAAUGGUAUGCUUGGAUGUUUUUCAUUGAGAGUGGAUGGGCCUCUUUAUAAAGGUGGUUGCUGCAAAUUCCAGUUCUUUCAAAAGCCACUUUAUUUAGAGUUUAUCCACUAAUUGUACUCAUUUUGAUAAAACUUAUCUCUUAAGUGUUUACUAACCACCUUAUGCCAAAUGUCUUGCACCUAUUAAGAUUUCCUGAAUUUUUACAAAUGUAAAAAAGAAAAAAUGUAUUAAUGUAAUUUGUUCAGGAAAAGCUACAUACCUAAGGGCUUCUGUAUAUGAAUUCUGGGAAAGAAAAACCUAUUUGUAAUCCAUACACUGCAGUUCCAUCUGAGUUUUAAGUUUAGAUUUUAGCGUGUCUUAGUGCUUCAUUCUGUUGAUUUAUCAGAACACAUAAUGGGAGUAGUGGCGUAUGAAAACAGAAGUAUUCAUUAAUGUGUCAUAUCUUCAUAAAAAUUCCAUAGUUAUGAAGCUAUAUUUUAGCAAUCAAGAAGUUAAAGAGAUCAGAGAAGUGAAAAUCUAUAAAGAUUGUUUGGAAGUGUAUACAGAAAUACACUAGACUAGAUUUCGAGGUAGGGUAGAUCAGAAAGUUAACACAUAGCUGCAGAAAUUUUGUAAGAUUUAAAUUCUAUAUGAGGAAUAAUAACUAGUUCUCUCAUGAGCAUUUUCUAAAAGCCAUCUGAUUUGACAUUCUCCUUGGAGCUGUAGGCAGAAUUGUUCAAAGACAAAAGUAAAAAUUAUUUCACUGUAUUAGGAAAUGAAAAUAAAGAAACUGUUGUGAAGGCUGCUUACAUUGAAGUACUGAUGAGCUAGGCUUGCUAAUAAUUGACUGAUAAAGCAGCAUUUGGUCUGUUUACCCUGGUUCCUCAGGUUAGGUCAUUUGAAAGUCAUAAACUUGUAAGUAAGGGCUUAAGGCAAGAAAGAAAUAACAUGGAAUUCUAUUUGAAGGACCACAGAGUAUACUUGGAAAAGCAGUCCCGCUUGGGCUUUUCAACUGGGUCAGAUUUGAAUCUGUAAAUCCCUGCAGAGCACGGACAGUCGGUGACAGAGUUGGAAGGAGACACUUAGUGCUCAGUGAUUACUUCCGUUUUGUACACACCCUUGGUUUGUGGAGGCCAUAUUCCAACUGGCUUUUUAGUAAUAGAAAUCCACUAUAUAAUGUAUCAAAUUCAUUGAGGUUCUAAUCUAGUCUGUUAAUCUAACUGAAGUUGGAUUUUUUAAAAGUAAUAAAAAGUUAAAUGUCUUCCCUUGGAUGCUUUAUUUCUUUGCUUUUUGAAACAUGGGAACCAAGCAUAAGGGAAAACCCAUUAUUAUUGGCAUGCAUAUGAAGAGACUACUGAUAGCUCCCCAUAGUUAAAUAAAGCAGAGGUCAGCAGAUUUCUUCUGUAAAGGGCCAGAUAGGAAAUAUUUAAGGCUUUGAGAGCCAUACAGUCUGUGUCGCAACUACUCAACUGUUGUAGCCCAGCAGCCAUAGACAGCACGUAAACGAAUGGGCAUGCCGUGUUCCAGCAUAACAGCAACAAACAGCCAGUGGGCCAGAGUUGGCUGACUCCCGAAAUAAAGGAUUCAAAAUUUAAGAUUUGAUUUUCCCCCCAACUUUAUACUUUGAAAAAAAAUUAAAUGUACAGAAAGUUGAAAGAAUAAUACAAUGAAUAAGGUUUGUCUUUUUAAAAAACUAUUUUUCUCUUUUAUUAUCAUCCUUCUGACUUUUUUUACAUACAAGCUCCGACUCCUACACUCAAACCCCACUACCCCUACGCCUGUCAUUCUCCUGAUGGAUAAUACAUUGCAUUUGUCUGGGACUUAGUACUUUUUCAAAGCAGUUUCACAUAUGUUCCCUCACAACCAUCUAUGAGGCUGAUAGGGUAGACAGCUACAUUUUAGAGAGAAGAAACUCAAGCAGCUAAAAAGUUUUAUUUUUAGCCCAGAAAUAAUCAAGAUUAGGGUCCUGUUGUCUUGACUGCUGUAACUGUAAAAUGGGGGUGUCACCUCUCCAGCCUGUGGAACGGAUAACUUAUGUAGAGAUCACAUUGAAAAUCAGUGUUCUGUACCAAUGGAAAGGAUUAUUUUUAUUGCACUACAUCAGGAUCAGUGGUUAAUUUCUCCAGGUCUAUUUGUACUUUCUGUUUUCUAUCUCCAGUUCUAACUAGUUGCUUAAAUCCUUGUCAGCCUUCUUUUCUCCCCCUGAUUUUAUUAGCUGUCUCAGUUGACACCUAUACUUGACAAUUCCUGUUAGCCAGAUAGUUUAAGUUGGUGCAAAUUUGGAUUACUUUUGAUCUCUUUAAUGAAUACUUUUUGGUUGGAAAACUAGGGGUGUAAGAGAAUCUGUUUUACAGCCAGCUUCUGUGUUUCAAAGUGAGAACUAUUUUAUUAAACUGUUAAUCUACAGUUUAACAUUAGGAAAGGGGGGACUAAGCCUGCAUCAGGACAUGUGGUCAAUGGUGAUGUUUCAAAGGUUUGUGUGCUUAAAGUGAUAGGAGUUUCAAAUUUAAAAAAAGCAGGAGAUGGUUGGAGGGAGAAGUUGAGGUAAGUUAUUUUAACUGGCGAAUGUCGUGGUUAUUCUUAGUGGCUCAGUCUUAGUCACCAAGAUUAUGGGACUUAACCUUGAAGGUCAUUGAAGGGAAGGGAGGGUCUUGAGAGUGAGACAUGGAACAUGGUUCCAAGUUGGAGUUGGUCAGGGAGAUCUGCUUCGGGUUAUAGACCGGUAGUUAGGACACAUAAAUAGAUAAGUCUCAUGAGCGUGGUAGCUGCUAUAAUAGAUGUUGGCAUGUGGAUGUGCGCUGUGUGGUUAUCAAGUUGCCCUGGCAAAGACAUAGAGGUGUGAAGCACAGGGCUCUAUUAGGAUGACUGAAGGUGUUUAAUGCAACAAGAGUGGAGAGACGGAGGUGGCAAGAGCCAAGGCUGGAAAUGUGAAAGGAAGGCCUGAUGGUGGAUGGAGGGGCCCAGUGUGCCAUCCUGAGAAGCUCAGAUGAAGGUUCUGGAGAGCCGUAAAGGGUUUUAAACAGCUGCUAAAAUUGUAACUAUUAAAUAUUUUUAAUUACCCUCUCCAAAGAACUCAGUACCUUCUCAGUGGUCAGUAAUGUAAUCGAAGGAAUGAACCAGCAGAUGAGAGUGCCCGCUUUAUCCUGGAGGUUCUGCUUCCUGCCUUGGAGGAGAUGAUGAUGAUGUCUAGAGGACUGGAAAGGCAAAAUGAGGAGAAAGUGCUCUACAUGGAGUAGUUAAGGACAAUAAAACUUGGCAGAGGUGGAGGGGUUUGAGAGCUACUGCAAGAGAACGGGGCGCUCUGGGUAUCCAGGUAUAGAUGGAAUGAGUUGGAUGGAGGACAGACAUCUGACUAAAAAGGGGACAAAUUGUAUCCACUCGCAGGUUUUCCAGAGGACCGUGAACUAUGGGGGAGGAAACCCACAAAUAAUUAUGAAUGUAAUAGUGGAGCUAAGUUGAGCAGCUUUAGAUCAGAAAGCCUUUUGUUCUAAAUCUACCUCUAGUUUUUUCACGGGAUUUAAGUUAAAGAAAAAUAUAUUUUAAAAAUUAUUUGAACCCAGAUUAGAGCUUAAUAUAUACAAGUGGUGAGUGAAAUCAAGAAAUAUAUAACUGAGAAAAAAUAUUAGCCAUCGCUUUUUAAUUGUUCCUAAUUACCCUUUCUAUUCUGUGAUCCAAAUAUUUUGUUGAUAUUUGUUGGUUGAUGGCCAAAGUAGCAUCUAAAUAGGGCUUCUGACAUAAAACUGUGCAGCUUGCUCAUCCAGGAGCACCACUGUCUUGAAAAUAUUUGGAUAAAGAGUGUCGGCGAGAAGACCUGGCAGGUACUCACCAGGUGGGGAUUAGAGGCAGUAAAAGUUCACGGCCUCAGUGCUUGCUCAAGAGAUCGCCAGUAAUGUCUUGUUUUCUGGAGGAAUUCCCUACUAUUGAGGAAGCCAGUUGGAGCUAGUGCCAUCUGGAGACCCAGAAGUGUCACAGAUGUUUGUUAGGGCUUUUAGAUGUUGACUUUGUGGACUUGUCUACUGACAGGUGGUGACCUUCACUGGAUUGAAUGCAGAGAACUAUGGCGUUGGGUUUGACUCCUGGCCUUCAGGCAGAAAUGCCAUUCAACCCCUUCCCACACCUAUUGCCUGUUUAAUGGCCACUUGGCCUUCCCUGCCAUUUGGCAGCAUCCAUUCCCCCUAAAUUCCUUCCUCCCACUUGUGAGUUCCCAACCACAUCUUCUUGCCCAAUCUGGCUCCAUCCUGCAUGUGCCCAUUUGAUGAAAACUCAGCAUGAAGCAGGGUCAACUUGCAUUUCUUUCUAAGGACCAAGACAAAAUAUCCAGUAGCACCCUUCCAGUGGCUAACUUUUAAACCUUUACUGGUUUGAAGGACUUGAUAUCCUAGUUAAUAGAUGUGAAGACAAACAAUCCUAAUGCAAGGAAUUUGGAGUCCUGUGUAAAGCCGCUCUGGGCUCCCUAUCGACUCUUUUGUCACCAGUGGCUGUCAAACCAUGUAGAAAAAGGAAGUUCAGUUCAUUUUUCUACUUGCAUUUUAAAUGAGAAAGGAUUCUACUGGAUGUGAUGCUGAAAAUCUCUACAUAUUGGUGUGUUUUACUUCUUGAUUAGGGCAAUUUUGCCUGCAUAAAAAGGUUUUUGAAAAGCCUCAUGGUAAUAGUACUUUUUAUGUCUAUCAAAAUGGCUCAGUUCUGAAAAUUUUUACAUUUAAGGUACAACAUAGGAGUGGGUUUCAAAUAUCUCUUGAUUAUUCUCCUAAAUUAUUUAGGCAUAUGUUUUUAAUUGGCAAAAAGUAACCAGACUUCAGAAAUUGGUCAUUUUUAUUCCAUCAAGUUAAUGGUGACUGGCUUAUUUAAUAAAACAUGUCUGUAAUUUAACACAAAUAGCACGUACAGCUGUUCAUUUGUCAAUCUUUUUGCCUGUAUGCAGCAUCUUAGACUGUUUUACUAAAGGCUAGGGUCACCUAGAGGGGAAAUCCGUCAUUUUAAAUCAUUCUUCCCCAGGCCACUCAUCACGAGCCACUACGUUAGGGUAGAUGGGCUCUGCAGCAAGCGCCCUUCAUGGCUGGAUGAGGGGAUGUUGAGAAAGCUGAAAGAAUCGUGAUCCUCGAUUUUUUCUGCGGUGAAACGACCAGAAAGAAGAUUCACUUCUUUCCUAUAAGGGGACGAUUGUCCGAAAGCACGUAGCGAGCUGAUUGCGCCGCGGACCGCUUACAUCGGAUUACUGGUCCUGCGCUCCGAGCCCUAACCACUGCUGCCUGCCUUCGCACACGUGUGUAUCGGGGAGUUGUAAAGUGAGUUAUGCGAAUAAAACAAGGCGGGAAGUCCAGCCUUGAUCUUCAGAAGUAGCGUUCUCCAGGACCCAAGGCCGAGGUGGUGCCCGGAGAAGGGCGCCCUCGGCUCGGUGGGAGCGCCACGGGACCCGGGUCCUUGCCUUCAGCAUCUUCACCUCGCUCCCCUUCCUCCGAAGUUGCGGAGGUGCCGGGAAGAGGCGGGGCCUCGCCUCGGGCGCCCGAGUGAUUGGCUGCCCGGGGCCCCUGGCGAGGGCUGUGUGGUCCAGCCCGGGUGGAGAGGGGCGGAGCGGCCACUGCUCCAACCACCGCCACCACCACCACAGUCGCAGCCGCCGCAGCCUCAGCCUCCAGGCAAGUAGCUCCGAGCGGCGGCUUCCUGGGCACCCCGACGCGGACGAGGGCGCCGCGCUCUGCUCGCUCCGCGCCCGAGCCAUGCCGGGCAGCCGCGCGUAAUUGCCGCGCCCGGGCCGCCGCCGACCCGACCCUGGGCACGGUCCCUCGCCUCAGCCGAGCUUUCCGUGCGCGCAACUCCCUCGGUCUCCCCCGGCCCCUCGCAACCAUGCCCCAGGCGACUGCGCUCGGCCCCCUUGUGCCACUGCUGCUGCCUCCCCUGCUGCUGCUGCUGCCGCUGCCCCGCGACGCCGGGGGGCUCGGGGAGGGUUCGGACGCCGCCUCGGACUACUCGGCGCUGGAAUUCGAGGAGGGCGCGGAGCAGCAGCUGGAGCAUUACCACGACCCGUGCAAAGCCGCUGUCUUUUGGGGAGACAUUGCCUUAGAUGAAGAGGACCUGAAGUUAUUUCACAUUGACAAGGCCCAAGACUGGGUCAAGCAGUCAGUGGAGGAAGCGGGGCACAGCACAGGGGGGCUUGGAGAGCAGCCAUCUGAGAGCUGGCCGAACACUACAGCCACGAAUGCCAGCAGUGAAGAAGCUGGAAAGGAUGGCAAGGGGAAUGUCAUGCUUCCGCAGAGCCCUGGGACCUCGAGUGCCAGAGCUGAGACCUUCUCUCCCCGGGUUCGAAGAGCUACAACCUCAAGGACAGAGAGGAUAUGGCCUGGAGGGGUCAUCCCCUACGUCAUCGGAGGGAACUUCACUGGAAGCCAGAGGGCCAUUUUUAAGCAGGCCAUGAGACACUGGGAGAAGCACACCUGUGUGACCUUCAUAGAGAGGACCAACGAAGAAAGCUUUAUUAAGUUCAGUUACAGAACCUGUGGCUGUUGUUCCUAUGUUGGGCGCCGAGGAGGAGGCCCGCAGGAGAUAUCCAUUGGGAAAAACUGUGACAAGUUUGGCAUUGUGGUGCACGAGCUGGGCCACGUGGUUGGGUUCUGGCAUGAACAUGCCCGGCCAGACAGAGACCAGCAUGUCACCAUUAUCAGAGAAAACAUCCAGCCAGGUCAGGAGUAUAAUUUCUUAAAAAUGGAAGCUGGGGAAGUGAGCUCUCUGGGAGAGACGUACGACUUUGACAGCAUCAUGCACUACGCCCGGAACACCUUCUCAAGAGGAGUUUUCUUAGACACCAUCCUCCCGCGUCGAGACGACAAUGGCGUCAGGCCAACCAUUGGCCAGCGCGUGCGGCUCAGUCAGGGAGACAUAGCUCAAGCCAGGAAGCUGUACAAAUGCCCAGCAUGUGGGGAGACCCUGCAGGACACGACAGGAAACUUUUCUGCACCUGGUUUCCCAAAUGGCUACCCUUCCUAUUCCCACUGCAUCUGGAGGAUAUCGGUCACUCCGGGGGAAAAGAUCGUCUUAAACUUCACAUCCCUGGAUUUAUUUAAAAGCCGCCUGUGCUGGUACGACUACGUGGAGGUCCGGGAUGGUUAUUGGAGAAAAGCCCCCCUCUUAGGUAGGUUUUGUGGUGAUAAAGUCCCGGAGCCCCUCAUCUCCACAGACAGCCGGCUCUGGGUGGAGUUCCGGAGCAGCAGCAACAUCCUGGGCAAGGGUUUCUUCGCAGUGUAUGAAGCUACAUGUGGGGGAGACAUUAACAAAGACGCCGGGCAGAUUCAAUCUCCCAACUACCCCGAUGACUACAGACCUUCCAAGGAAUGUGUCUGGAGGAUUACGGUUUCGGAAGGGUUUCACGUGGGGCUUACCUUCCAAGCUUUUGAGAUCGAAAGGCACGACAGCUGUGCGUACGACUACCUGGAAAUCCGCGACGGCCCCACAGAGGACAGCAUCCUGAUUGGCCACUUCUGUGGCUAUGAGAAGCCGGAGGAUGUGAAAUCGAGCUCCAACAGAAUGUGGAUGAAGUUUGUGUCCGAUGGCUCUAUCAAUAAAGCGGGCUUUGCAGCCAAUUUUUUCAAGGAGGUAGAUGAGUGUUCCGGGCCAGAUCAUGGCGGGUGUGAGCAGCGCUGUGUGAACACUCUGGGCAGCUACAAGUGCGUGUGUGAUCCUGGCUAUGAGCUGGCAGCCGAUAAGAAGACAUGUGAAGUGGCCUGUGGCGGUUUCAUCACCAAGCUGAAUGGAACCAUCACCAGUCCUGGGUGGCCGAAGGAGUACCCCACAAACAAAAACUGCGUCUGGCAGGUGGUGGCCCCCACCCAGUACCGGAUCUCCCUUCAGUUCGAAGUGUUUGAACUAGAGGGCAAUGACGUCUGUAAAUACGACUUCGUCGAGGUGCGCAGUGGCCUGUCCCCCGACGCCAGGCUGCACGGCAAGUUCUGCGGCUCCGAGACACCCGAGGUCAUCACCUCGCAGAGCAACAACAUGCGCGUGGAGUUCAAGUCGGACAACACCGUUUCCAAACGCGGCUUCAGGGCCCACUUCUUCUCAGACAAGGACGAGUGCGCCAAGGACAACGGCGGCUGCCAGCACGAGUGCAUCAACACGUUCGGGAGCUACCUCUGCCGCUGCCGGAAUGGCUACCGGCUCCACGAGAACGGGCACGACUGUAAAGAGGCUGGCUGUGCGCACAAGAUCAGCAGUGCAGAGGGGACCCUGGCGAGCCCCAACUGGCCUGACAAAUACCCCAGCCGGAGGGAGUGUACCUGGACCAUCUCUUCAACCGCGGGCCACCGGGUGAAACUCAUGUUUAAUGAAUUUGAGAUGGAGCAGCACCAGGAAUGUGCCUACGACCACCUGGAACUGUACGACGGGCCCGACAGCCUGGCCCCCAUCCUUGGCCGUUUCUGCGGCAGCAAGAAGCCGGACCCCACGGUGGCCUCGGGCAGCAGCCUGUUUGUCAGGUUUCAUUCAGAUGCUUCAGUGCAGAGGAAAGGCUUCCAGGCCGUGCACAGCACAGAGUGUGGGGGCAGGCUGAAGGCUGAAGUGCAGACCAAGGAGCUCUAUUCCCAUGCCCAGUUUGGGGACAACAACUACCCGAGCCAGGCCCAGUGUGACUGGGUGAUCGUGGCAGAGGACGGCUAUGGCGUGGAGUUGGUAUUCCGGACCUUUGAAGUGGAGGAGGAAGCCGACUGUGGCUACGACUACAUGGAGGCCUAUGACGGCUAUGACAGCACGGCACCCAGGCUUGGCCGCUUCUGUGGCUCAGGGCCAUUGGAAGAAAUCUACUCUGCAGGGGAUUCUCUGAUGAUUCGAUUUCACACGGACGACACCAUCAACAAGAAAGGCUUUCACGCCCAGUACACCAGCACCAAGUUCCAGGAUGCCCUGCACAUGAAGAAAUAACGUCAGUAUUCUUCACAGACAGGAACUGAGAAUGUCUUUAUAACAAUGGCACCUUGUCAAUCUACCCUAAAACAGUGUACCGUAUUUUUCUCAAACAAAAACUCAAAAUCUAGUCUUGGAGACAUGUAUCUGAUGAAGUUUGGCCAACAAGGAGGAGAGAAGAUAUUCCUUUCGUUCUGGCUGCAACGUUAUCAAUUGUGGACUUUUAGAGAAGGUUGUUUGAAGUCAUUGACCAUUCAUUAUGUCUCUUUGUACCCAUUGCUUGUCCCUGGCUCCUAUGGGGCAAAAGACUGGUUAUUGGGUUGGUCAUUCUUCUAUUUCUGGAUGUGCUUCCAAGGUGCCAGCAAUGUGACCGUGUCCUGGAGACUCAGGCUGUCUUCUGUGUACACUGGGCAAUGAGGAUAAAAGCUCGGCCAUGGCUGAUUUGUUACUCACAGCUUUGGCUGGAGACUUUUCCUUUCUCUCUGCCAGGGACAUGUCAACCAGGAAACCUGAGAAUAUGGAUGUCAGGACUAAAAAAGGCAUCCCCGUAAGCAGUGCACAGAGGGAGAAUCAUUGUCACCAAGCUAGGAGACCUUUUCCUGCGUCCUCGGGUCUCCUUGCCUCCUUUGGCUUUCCCGUGCCCCCGGUUGCAUUAGGGGCCAGGGCAUCCACUAUGAAUUCCAGCAGAACAUUUGCUGCUGAGAGUCCCCCGUUUGCCAAGAAGAGUAAAUCCUGGCUCCUCCCCAUACUCCUUCACUCACUGACUUUGGGAAGACUCCACUUGUGCUCGGGAUUCCGCGGGCUCAGGAGAACGUUUCUUCCUCCGGCCUUGGAGGCACUGGCUGUGGUUAACCUCGCCUCCUCGACAACCGGGUCAAACUGCAUUUGCAAGACGUGCAAAGACAUCUUACGAGGGAGGAGUUCAGGUCCCUUGUGGGGUGAACACUGUUGAAAAUGAGUUAAUUAUAAAUUAUGUAAGAAUGAACACCUUGUGGAACAAGUCAACCUGGGACUAACUUCCUGUAACCAACCAGGUUAAAGAGUUCAUUGGUAACUGUGUUCAGACUAACUCAUAUUCAAUCACCAACCUGUGAUCGGAAGUCACCGCCCUCGGCGCUUGUUCCAGAGAAGUGUAGAGGAUGUUGUUUACAUAGUUUUAGAACCUCCAGGUACACUUUAAACAGUGAGGUAGUUUGAAUGGCAUUUCAUUAAGGCAUCUAUGGGCAUUAUGAGCUAAAAGCUGUGGUAUGUUAGCUUUAAAAGAGUAUUUAUGUUGGAAUAAUUUUUAAAUAAUGUUUACAUAACCCUACGUCCUGUUUGGUUAGUAUCGACCCCAGGACAGUGCACGAGGGUUUUCAGUGAGAGCUGAGAUAGCUCCCAAGUGCUAGGAUUCCUUUGGGAUGAAUCCACAUCCUUUUAAACAAAGUAUUUGCAAAAGGUUAAAGGUUAUAUUUUUUGAAGAUCUGAAUAUGCCCCAGAGGACUAUGUCUAAUUAAAAUAAUUGCUGGGAGUAAAAAAAAAAAAAGAAUACAAAGAAAGGUAGGAGAAAUGCACGGGAAUAUUUUUCCCUUAAAACAACAAAAAACCACAAAGUAUUAUUAUUAAUAAUAAUAUAUGUCUGUAUAUGUGUAUGUAUGUAAAGGAUCAGCUGUCAGAGCCUUAGCAAUGCAAUGUGAGAAAUGCCGACGCACCGACCCCAGCGUUACCGAGCAGACCCUCCUGGAGCGGCCCUGCAUCUUCUGCUUCGCUCUCACCGGCUCUCCCUGGGCCUCUCCUGGCCCUGGAUGGAGGCUCAGCCCACAUUCUCAUGUCAUGACCCCACCCUGGGAGAACUUGGAUUCUGCAAACGGAGCUGCUCGUCUUGUGCUUCAGGACUUCCCUGCCUGUUAGGGCAGAUUCUAUUUCUCUGAUUUGUAUAUUUUCUGGGCUUUUAUUUUGUCUCAUCUUAUCUGUCAAAGUUGAAACUGAAAUCAGGAUCCAUCAGGUGGCUGUUAAGGGUGUGUCUCCAAGGACAUGAAAAUUCUGUAGUUUCAACCUUUAGAAGUCUAAAUAAGACUGCAAAUGCCCUGGAAAAGUGAGAGGGAGUCAGAAACAGAGUCAGCUCUGCCUCCGUAUUGGCUGUCCUCGUGAAACAAUGGUACUUAUUUUUAUCUCUUCAGUAUGAAUAUUUUCAAAAACACACAACUUCAACAAUUAUCAACUUAUGGCCAAUUGGAAACAAUGGGGCUCUUGUGAAGACGUUCCUUUAGGCCUCCUGCGAGUGAUGUAUUCCCAGAAAAGACAAGCUCUGAUUCAGCUGGGGCUGGCCAGGCCGGUCCCCUGGAAGCUCCAACUCCCGGGGAAUUCGCACCAUGCAGGUUCUGCAAAGAACCACACAGCUGGCUUCACGAGAGAAAGUCCAUGCGGUAGAAAGACCCAGGCCCCCUGCCGUGGUUUUUCCAAAUGCUCAGUGACCUUCCUGAACACAUCGCCAGAAGCGGAUGAAGGAGCCAGGCGAUGAUUUUGCUCCAGCCUUCUUUGACCUUUAAUUGGGUGCUGGCCCUUGGGGAUGUCACAAAGCUCCCAGACUAACUUGAGUUUAGAGAAUUAUCUUGACAACCUGAUGAAAUAUUUGGGGUCUGGGUCUUCAGCCUGGUACACUUCUAGUGCAAUCUGGUCUCUCAGAAGCUAGAACCUGGAUCCUAGGGCAGAGGAAGGGCCUGGAAUUAACUUCAGCUUGUGGAAUUUCUGAAAACAGAGAAAAUGAGGCUGCGCGUUGAUUCAGUGUAAGACUAUUUUCCUCUAAAGUUAAGUUUCACAUUACUUGUGAAAUGCUCAGCCUGCUUAAAUCAUUUGUAAAAUCUUGUUAACUAGCAGAUUCAUACUGGUAUUUGCCAUUGAUCUGGUCCUUGAUAAGCCUCAAAUAAUUCGUGGUAUUACAUUGUUCAGUUUGUGAAAAAUGUUCCCUUGGCUCCAUCAGAUGUUUUUAAAGUUUCCUUUGUAGACUGAACUGAAAAAUAAUCCCAAACGCCUAAAAGGUUUCUUUUAAAAAAAGAAAAAUUGUUUAGAGUGUUAUCUAUAAAUAUAUUGUAUUUUUUAUUUUAUGUAAUUUUACAUUUCAUGAAAUGUUAUCAGUUUCAAAGAAAAAGUGGAGAGGAGCUAACAUAUGUCCCUGUCUAGAAAGAUCUGUUUCAUUAAAGAAUGUGAAUUUC